AUGGCGAGAACCGUCCCCGUCUCCGUCUUCGUGUUCGUCUUCGUCUUCCUCCGCAACAUCGACGACAUCCCAUCGUCGAUAGCCUCACUCUCUCCCAACUACACCCGCAACACCGCCACCACGGCUUCUCCAGCGAUCGCCACCAUGGGUUCCCCGAGUGGAGCCCUCCGCCCCCGAGCAUCGUCAAACUUCAUGGGCAUCUCAGCAACAGGAUUCCCGCCAUCAAUGACGCCUCAGGAAAAGCACCUCUUCUCCGACCGCGUCAACUCGGCGACAACCCGCCUCUCCAGCACAAUGGCCGCCAGCGAAACCGACACCGGCUACAUGUUCGUCGUCUACUUCCACAAGAACACCGCCGCCGACGCCCUCUCCCUGCUACAGGCCGCUGACAUCCGAGUCAGGGGCCACCCGAUCCAGUUUUCCUGGCACUGA